AUGUCCAGCCCCCACUUUGCACCCCUUUCUCCCACCAUGUCCGACUCUCCGCGUAUCCACGCCCACCCCCACAGCGUCCACCUCGAGCAGGCGCACACCCCCAUCGACGCCGAAGAUGACGAGCACGACUACGAAUCGCUCCCCGUCGGCUACGGCUGGGGCGUCAACAUGAUGGCCGGCGCCAUGGCUGGUAUUUCAGAGCAUGCCGCCAUCUUCCCCGUCGACUCGAUCAAGACGCGCAUGCAGGUGUUGCCGUCGCUCGUCGCGGUCGGCGACGGCACUGCCGCUGCCCGUGGACCUGCGCCGUUGACGACUUUUGCCCAGCACCUGCGCAGUGUGCGUCUCGGCGAGGGCAUCCGCUCCCUGUGGCGUGGUGUCCCGUCCGUGAUUCUUGGCGCCGGCCCCGCACAUGCUGCCCAUUUCGGCAUGUACGAGUUUGUGCGCGAGAUUGCCGGCGGUCGCGAGGACGGCUGGAAGGGUGUGGGCGGCACCGCAUUGGCAGGAGCGAGUGCUACGGUCACCUCGGACGCCCUCAUGAACCCGUUCGAUGUCAUCAAGCAGCGCAUGCAGAUCCGCGGCUCACCAUACGCGAGCGUCAUGGACUGUGCCCGCAAGGUCUACGGCACCGAGGGUCUCGCCGCCUUUUACGUUUCUUACCCCACGACCCUUACGAUGAGCGUGCCCUUCACCGCCGUUCAGUUUACGGCCUACGAGUCUCUCAAGAGCUUCCUCAACCCAUCCGGAUCAUACUCCCCCCUUACCCACGUCACCGCCGGUGGUAUCGCUGGUGGUCUUGCCGCCGCAGUCACCACCCCGCUGGACGUCGCAAAGACCCUCCUCCAGACCCGUGGCACGUCAGAGGACCUCAGGAUACGCAACGCCCGCGGCAUGGGCGAGGCCCUUCGUAUCAUUGUCGAGCGCGACGGCUGGAAGGGCCUCAGGCGCGGCAUGGUCCCCCGUGUCCUCACCGUUGCCCCCAGCACGGCCAUCUCGUGGAUGUCCUACGAGUUCUUCAAGGUCCUCAUUCGCCAGGGUGCCCUCCCCGAGACUGGCGCAAUGGUCUAG